CAUGUUAAAAGGUGAAGUUUGCUGAUAAAGAUGGCAGACCCAGAUGUUCUCACCGAAGUUCCUGCGGCAUUGAAGAGGUUAGCCAAGUAUGUAAUUCGUGGAUUUUAUGGCAUUGAACAUGCCCUGGCUUUGGACAUCUUGAUCCGGAACCCCUGUGUGAAAGAGGAAGAUAUGCUGGAGCUGCUCAAAUUUGAUAGAAAACAACUUCGUUCGGUUUUGAAUAAUUUAAAGGGAGACAAGUUCAUCAAGUGCAGAAUGAGGGUAGAGACUGCUGCAGAUGGGAAAACCACUCGCCAUAACUACUACUUCAUUAAUUACCGUACUCUUGUUAAUGUGGUAAAAUAUAAAUUAGAUCACAUGAGAAGGAGGAUUGAAACUGAUGAGCGAAAUUCCACCAAUCGGGCUUCCUUCAAAUGUCCUGUUUGUAGUAGUACUUUUACAGACUUAGAAGCUAAUCAGCUCUUUGACCCCAUGACAGGAACUUUCCGCUGUACUUUUUGCCAAGCAGAAGUAGAAGAAGAUGAAUCAGCAAUGCCCAAAAAAGAUGCACGCACGCUUUUGGCAAGGUUUAAUGAACAAAUUGAACCCAUUUAUGAAUUGCUACGUGAGACAGAAGAUGUGAACCUAGCCUAUGAAAUACUUGAGCCAGAACCCACAGAAAUACCAGCCCUGAAACAGAGCAAGGACCGUGUAGCAGCUACUGCUGGAGCUGCUGGCCUGCCAGGUGUGCACCACAAGGAAGCUUGGACCACUAAAGGUCCCUCCUAUGAGGACUUAUACACUCAGAAUGUUGUCAUUAACAUGGACGACCAAGAAGAGCUUCAUCGAACCUCACUGGAGGGAAAAUCUGCUAAAGAGAGACCCAUUUGGUUAAGAGAGAGUACUGUUCAAGGGGCAUAUAGUUCUGAAGAGAUGAAAGAAGGCGGUAUAGAUAUAGACACAUUUCAGGACCGGAAGGAAGGACGUACAGGGCUGGAUGAUAAUGAAGAAGUCAUGCGAGCACUCCUUAUUCAUGAGAAGAAGACUUCCUCUGCCACAGCUGGCUUGGUGGGAUCAGCUGCUCCUGGCAACGCUGGCAAUGCCAGCGACUCAGAGAGUGAUACUAGUGAGUCAGACGAUGAGUCCCCACCCCAUCCAGCAGCUAUGGCUUCGCAUCACCGAGAAGAAGAUGAGGAGGAUGACGACGAAUUUGAGGAAGUAGCAGAUGACCCUGUUGUUAUGGUCGCUGGUCGUUCUUUCUCUUAUAGUGAAGUGAGCCAGAGGCCAGAGCUGGUUGCUCAAAUGACACCAGAGGAGAAGGAUGCAUAUAUAGCAAUGGGACAAAGAAUGUUUCACGACCUCUUUGAGUGAGCUUUUACUAUUUUUCCUCUUCUCUGUAAUACUCAUUUCAAAAAGAAAUUCCUACCUUUGAUGAAAAUAGUUUUAGUGACUUUUUGCUCCUCCUGAUGUAAAAAUGACUUAUCUUGUGCAAAGAAUGAUAUGAGAAUGAUUUUCUUACCAAAACUUUCCAUUUAAUAGAUUAGCAGCAUUUACUUUUCUACAAUUAAUACAGUAGUAUUAAUAUUUUAGUGUAUUUGCUUCUCUAAUGUUUUUAUUUCCUUUUAAGACAAUUUUUUCCUUUCUGAAAUGAAUUAGAAAAGUCAAGUCUGUAAGGUUGAUUCUUUCUGUCUCUGCCGAAGCCACCUAUAAUAACUUAUAGUAGACUGUCCAUUAAUCUUUUCCAUCUAAACAUUCCAAACAGUUGCUGUUUUUUAUUGUCAACCAAAGAACUUUGCCUUAGACAAAUCAUUGAUUAGGGAAGAAAAGUCUUAAAAUGUCAUAUCAUUUCAUAAUUGAGGAUGGAAUCAGUAUAUAAGGGAGUAAGGAUAUGAUUUGA